AUGAAGGCUCUUAUUCUCGUCGGCGGCUUUGGCACGCGUCUGCGUCCAUUGACGCUCACCCUACCCAAGCCCCUCGUUGAGUUCGGCAACAAGCCCAUGAUCCUGCAUCAGAUCCAGGCAUUAGCAGCCGCAGGUGUCACAGACAUCGUGCUCGCAGUCAACUACAGACCAGAGAUUAUGACGGAGGCGCUGAAGAAGUAUGAGAAGGAAUACAACGUCCGCAUAGAAUUCUCUGUCGAGACCGAGCCACUCGGAACCGCUGGUCCUCUCAAGCUCGCCGAGAAGAUUCUAGCCAAGGAUGACUCCCCCUUCUUUGUCCUCAACUCAGACGUCAUCUGCGAAUACCCCUUCCAGCAGCUCGCAGACUUCCACAAGGCCCACGGCGAGGAGGGCACCAUCGUUGUGACCAAGGUGGAAGAGCCGUCGAAGUACGGCGUCGUCGUGCACAAGCCGGGCCACCCCUCGCGAAUUGACCGCUUCGUUGAGAAGCCCAUCGAGUUCGUGGGCAACCGGAUCAACGCCGGUCUCUACAUCCUAAACCCAAGCGUCUUGAAGAGGAUUGAGCUGAGACCCACGAGCAUUGAGCAGGAGACCUUCCCGGCCAUGGUCAAGGACGGUCAACUGCACUCCUUUGACCUCGAGGGUUUCUGGAUGGACGUGGGUCAGCCAAAGGAUUUCCUCGCUGGCACUUGCUUGUACCUGUCCUCGCUGGCGAAGAAGGGUUCAAAGCUCCUCGUGCCGCCCUCCGAGCCGUUUGUCCACGGUGGCAACGUCAUGAUUGACCCGACGGCAAAGAUUGGCAAGAAUUGCAAGAUCGGCCCCAACGUCACCAUCGGCCCCAACGUGGUUGUCGGCGACGGAGUUCGUCUGCAGCGAUGUGUGCUCCUUCAGAACAGCAAGGUCAAGGACCACGCUUGGGUCAAGAGCACCAUCGUCGGCUGGAACAGCACCGUCGGUCGCUGGGCACGACUGGAGAACGUGACGGUGCUGGGAGACGAUGUGAGCAUUGGCGACGAAAUCUACGUGAACGGCGGUUCCGUUCUUCCGCACAAGAGCAUCAAGGCAAACGUUGACACACCAUCGAUCAUCAUGUAG